CCCCCGACGCCUCGGACCCCGCUCGCGCGCGACAUGAAACCAUCAUCCCUCCUCCUCGCGAUCCUCGCCGUCGCGUCGUGCUCCGCCGCGACCGCCGCGCGCGCGGUCCCGCUCGCGACGAACACCCUCGCCGCGGACAACUCGCUGACGCUGCAGACGACGCUGUCGUCGUCGCGCCUGUCCUCCUCCUGGCGCGACGACGACGACGACGACGACGCGCCCGCCCCGGGCCCGAAGACGCACACGCUGCCGUACUCGAACCCGAACACGGGCGCGUGCAUGGCGAACGAGCAGAAGGUGGCGAUUCAAGGCCUCCCCGGGUCGUUCUGCUCCCCGAGGUGCUCGCCCGCGUCGCCGUGUCCGGCGGACACGCACGUCGGCGCGACCGCGCAGGGGGAAUGCGUGCUCGAGCCCGCGGGGGCGUCCGAGCCGUCCCAGUGCGCGCUGAUUUGCAAGCCCGCGUCGCCGUUCCACGCCGCCGGGCCGACGUGUCCCAAGGGCGCGACGUGCCAGCCGAUCCAGGGCGUCGGCAUCUGCACGUACGGGGAGUGA